AUGGCAUGCGUAGUGCGACGGCAGCACAGCACAGUCUAGGUCGUGAUGAUCGGGACCUACCAUGAGGCGCGCUUCUGGUGCAACCUCGACGCGUGCGGGAUCCUGUGCGUCCUGGCGACAUGGUCUAUGCUGCUCUUCUCGGUCUACAUGGUGACCUCGGUGCUGCUGCGCCCGACCCCGUUCGAGCAGUGCCUGUCCGCGCCUAAGGUGCUCACCUCCCUGGCCUUCGUCUCCCUCGCCGCCGUCGCCGCGACGGCGCACGUGAGGACGAUGCUCACGAACCCAGGAGCGGUGCCGCGGGACGCGGCCCCGCCACCACCCGACACCGGGGGGGAGGAGGAGGGGGGAGUUAAUCGGGGCGGUCGGGGCGAGGAGGAAGACAACGACCUGGAAACCAGUCGCCUCACGAAAACACCGGCGUCCUCUUCGUCGGGUGCUGUUGUUGCUGCGGCAACCCCGCCGACCCGGGGCUCGCUUCCUCCAGAGGGGAGGGGGGGCGCGUUGUUGCCGACGUCGUCGGCGGGCCAGCGGCGGGAGAGGCAGGAGGGGGAGGGUCGGGGGGAGCAGCAGCGUGCGUUGAAGUGGUGCUACAAGUGCGACGCCUUUAAACCAGCACGGGCUCACCACUGCAGCCUUUGCCAGCGGUGCAUCGUCAAGAUGGACCACCACUGCCCGUGGGUGAACAAUUGCGUGGGCAUCGGAAACCAGAAGCUCUUCUUGCUGUUCUGCGCCUACACUUGCGCGCUUUGCGUGUUCGCGUUGAUGAUCGAGCUGGUCGUAGUGGUACUUAUCGGGGACGACCGUCGAUUAGAGGAGUGUCGCCUCUCGCCGUCCGACCACGCCGCGACUGUUGCCCUGACGGCCAUCUCCAUCAUGUUCGGGCUCUUCACGUGCUGCAUGGCGUGCGACCAGUGUCAAGUGGCUUCGACCAACCAGACCAAGAUUGACAGGCUCAAGGGCGAAGUCCACGACUCGGUGGACGGCGGCGCGAACGAGGUGUUCGGCGGAAUGGACGGACAAAAGUGCCGGUGUCACUGGGUGUUGCCGCUGCCGGCGCGCUUCCCGGAGGGCGACGCCGCUGCCAGAAUAUUCGGCUACUGCACCGGCAAGCGCGGCCGAGGCCGCGACGGGGGCGGCCAGACGCGCGCCCUGGCAAGCGGCGGCGGGGACGGUGGCGAUGCCAGUGAUUUGGGCGGCGUGGAGCUGGCGGAGUACGGCGGGUUGAUCCCGAGCAGCAGCAGCAGCAACGGGCGCCAUGCUGCAGCCGGUGACGGCGGCGGCGGCGGCAAGGGGGACUUGUACGCCACCCCCGAGGCCGAAGCUGGCUUGAGGCACUCAGCGGGGCGGAGCUUGGGGGAGCGAUUGGCGGACUCCCGCUCCGAAGGAGAGUAUCGGUAGCUCUGAUGAGCCUUCCGCUGUCUUGCGGCAGGCAGGCUGGCAGUUGCUUGGGGGG